AUGGGGACUGUUGAAGAAACUCUGAAGUGUCCUGCCUGCCAGGAUUUAUUCACAGAUCCUGUACAACUGCCGUGCAGACAUGACUUCUGUCUGACCUGCAUCCAGGCUGUUUGUGAGGAGGGUCCUCUCUUCUGUCCAGAGUGUCAGAUCCUGCUCCCAUCCAACCUCACACUGGAGAUUAACACUACUCUUCAAAGAAAAGUGAAGGACUUCAUGAUCAAAUCCUCAACAUCGGAGCAACCGACAGCAAAAAAAUCAUCUUCAGCUGUCCACUGUGACCAUUGCAUAGAGAUGCCAUCAGAAGCUAUUAGGACCUGCCUGACCUGUGAUGCCUCGCUUUGUCAGGCUCAUGCCCUGCUGCACCAGCAGAGAUCGGCUCUGAGGGAGCACACAGUGGUGGAAGUGACCCAGGAUUUACUGUCUUUAAAGUGCAAGGAGCACCGUGACGAGCUCAAACUCUUUUGCAUGGAAGAAAGAGUCCCAGUUUGCUGUUUGUGCAUCCUGGUUGGCAUGCACAAGAACCACAAAGCUGCCCAGCUACAUGACGCCUGCACAGACUUAAAGAGCAUGUUGGAGACAACUAUCAACAAAUUGCUGCAGAUGAGAUGUGAAGCAGAAAACGCCAUUAAAGACUUGGAGUUCAUGUACACACAAACAGUGAUAUCCGCAGCAGAUUUCAGAGAGAGAAUAUCAGACAAGUACAACAGGAUCCGUGUUGUGUUGGACGGCGAUGAGCGCCUAAUGAUGCAGAUCAUAGACGCAGAGGAGGAUUGCAUGACCGAGUGGCUGGAAGCCGAGAGAGGAAAGAUGGAGGCUCGCAUCAGCGAGCUAGACAACCUUAGAGUUUCCAGCAAGUUACUUCUUCAAGAAACACAUGAUUUGAGAUUCAUACAACAAAUCACUGAACAGAAUCGUUGUGAACCUCCAAAGUUGGCUCCCAUUCAGCAAAUAGACAAAGAGCUGUGUGAUCCUGACAGACUGAGAACAAUAGAGAAGUUGGUGGAUGACCUGUCAGUGGCUCUGUCUCAGCACUUUCCCCGAAUGUGGUCCUAUCUUAGUUGUCCUGUCCUAGACUUAAAAACAGCCCAUCCGAAGCUGGAGAUAUCCCAAGAUGGGAGACAAGUGUGCUGGGGGGAGCAAACUGACAUUGAAGCUCCAACCACUCAGCCAUAUGACUCCCAAUACAGCGUCUUAGCUAAGAAAAGCUUCACGGCUGGCCAACACUACUGGGAAGUCAUUGUACAAGAGAAACCCUACUGGCUUAUAGGCGUCACCACUGGGCCAGUCAAUGAAGACCAUGUUCCAAGUCCAAGGCCUUCUGGUGUGAGUGUGAACAAGGCUUCCUGGUGCUUAUACCAUGGGGAGGGACAGUACCUGGCAUGCAAUGAUACCCAGGAGAAACAGCUGCAAGUUGGGAAGAAAGUCAGAAAGUUGGGUAUUCUGGCAAAUGUCCAAAAGGGGGAGCUGUCGUUCUACAACGCAGACAGCAUGACCCUGCUUCACUCUUUCUAUGUGGAGUGCAAAGAACCUCUCUUCCCAAUGUUUAACCCUUGCAUUGAUAUCAAUGGACUGAACAGGCAGCCACUUACCAUGUUUUGGAUUAAGGACCCCUGGGACUGGGGUGGUAGUACAGAUAGAGGUGAAGCGUGA